UAUGGAUUGAAUGGAAAAUUUGCCCAUAUGCACUGGAUUUCAUCCAGUUAAUUUUUAUACUAAGUUACAAUAUUGAAAAUAAGCCGUUUUUUUUUGUAAAAUCGUACGUUUCAGGCUAACAGUUGUCAGUAAGUAGUCAGUAGUAGUGCAGUUGUAGUGCAUAACAUUAUACGUGUUCUCUUUUCAUUGAAACAAAAUAAAUUUUCGUUUUUGCUUGCUAUCCAUAAUACUAUCCAUAAUAAGGAUAAUUUAUCUCUUAAUCUUGAAUGUAUUACUUUCUAAAUGCUUUAAAAGUAAAAAAGAACUUGUAGUUUACAGUUUAAAAAAAAAAUUAAACAAAUCCAUACUUUUUCCUGUGAAAAUUAACGAAAUCCAUACUUUUUUCUAUGAAAAUAAAGAACAGCUGAGAAAAAUUCUCCCCGCGACAUUAUUUUGUUUAUGUUUCUAUGGCAUGGUAAAAAAAUAAAUCAAGACUUAGUUGACUUUUUGGAAGACUGCGGAGUUUGCCAAAUUUGCCAACUACGAUAUCUAAAGGCUCGUGGUAACGAAUAUCAGUCUAUUAAAGAAACUUUUCAAAAGCUAAAUAUUAAAUACGAAAAGUUAGAUGAUAAUUGUUCUGAAGAGAGUGCAAUGAAAAAACCGCGAAAAGAUGUGUGCUCCACCUGUUUAGGAUUGUUCUCUAAGGAAUUCCAACAAUGUAUUAUUGAAGCAAUUUUAAAAACUGACAUUGAAAAAUAUGAUUACCGCGACGUCGUAGUCGCCAUUAGUUUGCCUAUGAUGUUGCAAAUUAGGCAAUUAUCCAUGUGGUAUGGAUUAUUGGAACGUUUUAGCUCGUUUAUUGAUAUGGAAAAAGCUCCUGAUGUGCCAUUAAAAGAAGCAGCUAAGUUAAUUUUAAAUCCGAUCAUAUGCAGAGAAUUGCAUAGAAAUUAUGAAGCGAAUGGUGUUCAAAUUAAUGUCACGUUAGCGCAUAACAAAGAACUGGAUGAGUUGGUAAAAUUGCAAAAAUUGCAUGAAAGGGCAUUUCCCCGUCCACCGAGUAGCAAACGUCAGGAUAUCUCUAGGGGCCUUAUAGAAAAGCAGUACAUACCUAAGCGUUUAAAAGGAGAGUUAUUUAAGCAAUUUUUUCCAGUACCCCCCACAGUUGUGGCCGAACCACUAAAUCUUAAGUCCAUUGAAUUGUUGGGACCUACGAUUUUUGUGGCAGGUCGAUAUUGUAAAUUAACAAGAGAACUUUCCCAUACGCCUUGGAUUUUGAAUGGCCACCGUGUGAUGAAAGACAGUAUCGAAGAGAUUAUCAUUAGAAAUGUUACACCAUUGCUUUGUAAUGAUCAAAGUAAAGUUAUUUUCAUGUCAAGUGGUCGAGAAGAUGUAGACGUACGUUGCUUAGGCAAAGGCCGUCCUUUCGUUUUGGAAAUCAGCAAUGCUUUUACAACUAAACUAUCGAGUGCGGCGGCCUAUCGCAUAGAAUGCGAUAUAGACAAAUCGAAAAAGAUUUCUGUACGUCAUUUACAAAUUGUCAAGAGAGAAGAGUUAGUGCACAUUAAAUCCGGUGAGGAAAAAAAACGCAAGUUCUACAGAGCUUUGUGCAUGUUGCAGGAACCCGCAAGUUCGGAUAUUCUAGAAAAGCUUAACUUGCCGCAAGGAUUUGAAAUAAAACAGAAAACACCUAUUAGGGUAUUACACCGGAGGCCGCUGCACACCAGACCCCGCAUGGUAUACAGCCUUAAGGCUUGGGUACAUAAGGAGAAUUGUAAAAUUUUGGUUUUAGAUAUUGUCAGCCAAGCUGGGACAUACAUCAAAGAAUUGGUGCAUGGUGAAUUUGGGCGCACAGUUCCAUCAAUAGCUGUUCUUAUUGACCGACCGAUCGAUAUAGUAGCACUUGAUGUUAUGGCUAUCGAUUUGGAUUGGCCCAAACCAAUCAAAAAUAGUCAUUUCGAUGAAUAAAAGCUACAUAAAUAUUU